UGCAUCAGGCUUCACAUGAUUAAUUUAUUUCUUGCCCCUGUCAACCAGUCACGAUCCCCUGUGCCCCAAGGAGAACGGCGACAAGGCGGCGACAGUCGUCACCAUGGAAGAAGUCGCAAGAAGAUCUACCACGUCAUCUCCAUUCCGGGAUCAGUCGCCCGCGCCGCCGCCUCCCUGCCCUCUUUGCCGCCGCCGUCGUCCAUUGCCGCGGACGCCUCCUCCUCGCUGGCGAGAUGGUACGGCCUCCCCUUACUCCUAUCUAUGACGGCUCUAAUCCGUGCUCCUCCGGAUGCCAAGUUUCAUCUUUCGCCACCUCCUGCCACUCAUGGCGACCGCCGCGUCGCCCCCUCACCCACCACGCCCGGGACCCCAUGGCGGCCCGUGUCCUGGUCCCCAUGGCUACCGGCCUUUUCCCCUCGCCCCCAUGGCCGGCAUCCCCAUGGCGGCUGCUGCUGUGUUGAAAAGGGUGCUAAAGUAGACCUUCCAUUUUGGCUUGCGCAUGGAAUGCUGUCUCUGGAACAAGCGGUGUCAAUAAAUGUACCUCAUUGCUUCACCCAGAAGCGGCAAUGGCAAGAGCAUAUUGUGAAGAGGAAGAGGAUGAGAAGAAACGUGUGGUUCUCAUUCAAUCUUUGUGGAACUCUCUUUAUGUGUGAUUGUGCAUUUGUUGGAACCUUUCUCUGUGCACUUGCACUUGCAGCAGUAUUCUGUUGUGCACAUGUAAAAUUAUUUUGAUGUGCCCUUGUUAGGCGUUGAACCUUAAUGCGUGGAGUCGGUGGAUGAUGUAUUGUAUUUGAUGUAAUAUGCUACUGAAAUGAAAUAUAUAUUUUAUUU